AGGACUUUGUGCGCCUGAGCCCGUAGACGGUUGUGUGGCUCUGUCCAAAGCUGCUAGGAGGUCUCCGAGUAGACCCUUUAUUCAGUCAGACUAAUUACUGUUUAGACUUCAUGAAGAUAAAUUCCUGGGACUGCUGAACUCCCCAACCCCUAUCCUUUCCACCAUGGACCAGGAUUAUGAGAGACGUCUCCUACGCCAAAUCAACAUACAAAAUGAAAACACAAUGCCUUGCGUAGCAGAGAUGAGAAGAACGUUGACGCCUUCCAAUUCUCCAAUGUCUUCUCCUAGUAAACAUGGAGACAGAUUUAUUCCCUCAAGAGCUGGGGCCAACUGGAGCAUUAACUUCCACAGAAUAAAUGAAAAUGAAAAAUCACCAAGUCAAAACAGAAAAGCAAAGGAUGCUACAUCAGACAAUGGCAAAGAUGGCCUUGCUUACUCGGCCUUGCUGAAGAACGAACUCUUGGGAGCAGGGAUUGAGAAAGUUCAGGACCCACAGACAGAGGACAGGAGGCUGCAGCCAUCCACCCCAGAGAAGAAGUCUCUCUUCACUUAUUCUCUCAGCACAAAGCGUUCCAGUCCAGAUGAUGGCAAUGAGGUGUCACCAUAUUCCUUGUCUCCAGUCAGCAACAAAAGUCAGAAGCUCUUAAGAUCACCUCGAAAACCGACUCGGAAAAUAUCAAAGAUUCCUUUCAAAGUGCUGGAUGCCCCAGAGCUGCAGGAUGACUUCUACCUGAACCUGGUCGACUGGUCCUCUCUUAAUGUCCUCAGCGUUGGCCUUGGGACUUGUGUUUACCUGUGGAGCGCUUGUACUAGCCAGGUAACCCGAUUGUGCGAUCUGUCUGUGGAAGGAGAUUCUGUAACAUCUGUGGGCUGGUCAGAACGGGGGAACUUAGUAGCAGUUGGCACUCACAAGGGCUUUGUACAGAUCUGGGAUGCAGCUGCAGGAAAAAAGCUCUCCAUGCUGGAAGGGCACACAGCUAGAGUUGGUGCCUUGGCAUGGAACGCAGACCAGCUUUCUUCUGGGAGUCGGGACAGAAUGAUCCUUCAAAGAGACAUCCGAACCCCACCCCUACAGUCUGAGCGGCGGCUCCAGGGCCACAGGCAGGAGGUUUGUGGGCUCAAAUGGUCUACAGACCACCAACUCCUGGCAUCUGGAGGAAAUGAUAACAAGCUCCUUGUCUGGAAUCACUCCAGCCUGAGUCCUGUCCAGCAAUAUACAGAACAUCUUGCAGCAGUAAAAGCUAUUGCGUGGUCUCCACACCAACACGGCCUCCUCGCCUCUGGUGGUGGAACAGCUGACCGCUGCAUACGGUUCUGGAACACACUCACUGGACAGCCUUUGCAGUGCAUUGACACUGGGUCGCAAGUGUGUAACCUGGCCUGGUCUAAACAUGCCAAUGAGCUAGUGAGUACCCAUGGAUACUCACAGAAUCAGAUCCUCGUCUGGAAAUAUCCCUCGUUAACUCAAGUAGCAAAGCUAACAGGGCACUCAUACAGAGUCUUAUAUCUGGCAAUGUCCCCUGAUGGGGAGGCCAUAGUUACAGGAGCUGGAGAUGAAACCUUGCGUUUCUGGAAUGUCUUCAGUAAAACUCGCUCAACAAAGGAGUCUGUAUCCGUUCUAAACCUCUUCACCAGGAUACGGUAAACCCUCUGUAUUACAACCCAGGAGACCACAGUCUGACGUACCAGGAUAAAACCACUAACUUGGUGUGCAUGGAACCCCAAACAAUCAGCCAGAAGGGGAGUGAGUGUCAGUGGUGCCGGAGGAUGGAUCUAACAGAUGCUAAUUAAAUAUGUGCUUGUGAACCACAUUGGGCAAUAUUUGGGAUAGGGUUGGGGAGGGGAGGGACUUGCCAAAGGUUUACCAAUUUAUCCUUCAUAGAGGGGAAUGGGUACAAGAGGAAUGUUAAAACCGCGUCCUCCAACCUUAUUCUAUAUACUGGAGAAAACAUGUAUGAUAUGGACCAUUAAGACCAGACCAAGGCCAUCCCAACUGCUGUGUUGUCUCCUCUUAGAGAUGAGUAUCCUUGCCUUUGCGGGAAGGGGUUUAAUGUGCUGCUUUGGGUCCCUCUAUCCUAGGAUGGACAUCUUUGGAGGUAGGAGCUGACUAGACUUGUUCAAUGCAACUGGAGCAAGGGGACUAGACUCCAGGCUGGGUGUUAGCCCCUCUGAUAUCUAAGGGCAUUGUUUAUAGCCUGGGAUCUACAUUACAUGAAGAAACUGGAGAACUGCCUAUUUUUCUUUGCAUUUUUUCCAAAUAAAAUAGGUACUGCAGUGCUAGAUACAGCCAUUCCCGUAAGACAGUUUAACGUUGGCACACUUAACAGCUGGCUUCAAACAAAUACAUUUUUGGGCUCUAAACUUUGAAGGAGACUUAAAGAGGCCCCACCUUUGAGGAAGCGCAUUCAAAGAAUUUUAAAAUUGCUACUGCAUGUUCUAGGCUGAUCUCCAAACUUUUAGUUAACGGAGAAGAAAAACAAUGGCUUAAAAAAACUCCCAAAACCAAAACAAACAAACAAAAAAAAAACCACCCAUGCAUUUGGAGCUUCCUACAGUGCCGUUUGUUGCAGGCUGGUUACUCUGGAGUCUUUCUGAGAACAAAAGCAGUUGAGAUGUAGUUAAACAAAACAACUACUGUAGAUCUGUUUUUCAAGAAAGCAUUGCCUCUUCUGGCUGGAAGGGGGGAAACACCAUGGCUGGGUGAGGGGGUUUUUGUUUUUUUACGCAAGGAAGAAGUGUUGCUUUUUUAUAUCUAAGUUGAAGCCAGGGACCUGUUGUUUUUUUCUUUUUUUAAAGUUGUAUGGGAAGAGAGUGCCUGCCUGUGUGUUUGGAGUCUGUGUGAUGAGUGCAGUGGGAUGUGAUGCAAAGCACUUGUGUGUAUGUGUUGCUUUUAAUUUAAAGAGAAGCUGUUACGCUUGCAGCAGCCUGUUCCUGUCUUACUUUGUACAUGUGCCAACGCUCUCCCUGCUGUGCACCUGGCUCUUCUGCCUGCCUCUUACCCUCUCUAGCACAUUUGGAUGUGAGUGCCGUUUCCUGUUCUCUGUAUUUUCCUGGCUCUGUAUAUAGACCUUGAGCGGUUCUCUGUAGAGUGUAUAGGCAAUACUUUUUUUUUUUCUUUUAUUGGAAACCAGACUGCAGGGGUGGAGGUGGGAAUGUAACUGCCUCUCCCCAGUGCCACCAGUAUCCUUAGGGUGAGCUUCUGAGAUAGGAAGGCUGAUAUGGAGAAGGGCAGUGAAGUGCAGCUCUGUUCACUACAGCCUUGACCAAGUGUGCCGUUUACACCAGUGCCUGGAUCAGGCUCCUCUGUGGCUUGACACUACCUCCACAUAUUGCAGAUACUUGGAGGUGCUUGUGAGGUGCUUUUGUGCCAGGAGUUCACUGCUCCUUAGCAAACUGACAGCACUGAAUCUCAAAAGCCCAAAGUGGCAGCCACAUAAUCUUAUUGUAGCCUCAUUUGCCUCAAACAUAAUUUCAACACAAGUCUAGAAACAUAAUUUCAAUGUAAUUUCUGAAACACAAUUUCAACACAACUACUUUAUUGUAAGACUUACUGCAGGAGUAUGGGGCUUUGUUAAAAAUUGUCUAGUGGCCUCCCAAUUCCUCUGUUGUUCCUUGUUACAUUCACUGGCAUUGUUAAAUUUGUUAGUGUGGAAGGACCACUGAAAAGCACUGAGAAGUUGUUAAUUAAGUCAGAUCCUUAAGUUAGGAAGCAGGUUUGAACUGAAAGGCCAGUGGCAGGGAGUCCUGGCCUGUCACAGGUGUCUGUCCUGUUGCAAUGUCACCUUUUGGGGGCAGCAGAGCCUGGGGAAGGGGGUUGCUUACACCAGAGGGUGAAGGUGGCUGGUAGCAGCUGCUGCUGUGAAUUUCUUUCCUUCUGUGUUCUGGGUGCUCUCCUGCCCAAAUCCUGAUGUGCAAACUCCUGGGAGACACUGCUUUCUCCUUGAGGAAGAAACCUGUAGAUAGGGUGGGGGCAAAGAGGAGGUCUCUGAAGUUGGACACAGGUAAUCCCAGAAAAUGGGGUGGCUUCAUGCUGGUUUGUGCCCAUUCUGGAGCCAGGGGAGCGCAGAGGUUGUGCUGGAGGAGGAAGCCAGGCGGUCCUGACUGUGAGCAUGGGCACUUGCCAGGGCAGGAGGCAGUGGGGCUGGCUGUGGAGCCUGCCCCAGCCCCAAACCACAGGGCACCACAGUGAGGGUGGCACCACUGGGGCUCAGGUGCACCUCCUCAGGGCUCCUGCACCCCUGUCCUGGAUGGGAUCAGGUGACACGGGUGCCUUUCUUGGAGGAGCCCCUGAAGUGCCUGGGGAGAUGGGCAGUGCAGUCUGGAUGUGCAUGGCCCAUGCUGUGUCCACAGCUGGGUGCUCCCUUGUGUCCCAGUGUCCAGCUGGGCCCUGAGGACGUUGUUGAGGGGAGCAGCCCCCUUGUUGCUCUGUUCCUGGCACUGGGCUGUUUUCUGCUGGGCACUUCCAUGAACUCCAUUUCUCAUUGUUCUUGCUUUGGAGCUGCCUUGUGAGCAGGUCAGCUUGCGACUUCCUCUCCUGUCAUGUCUGGCAGGGAGGGCUAGUGAUUUCCAACUGAUAGCUGGUAUGUGCCUGAGCAGCUUGCCUAAAAGCAUGGGGAGAACAAGCUGAUCAGAUUGACUUAGCUGUUACAGUAUGGCACAAACUCCUUCCCCCGCUCUGCUUGCGGCUGCCAAGGCAGGAGUGGAGUUCCCAGUAGUGCUCUCGGCAGGUAUUUUGCCGCAAGAGUGUGCGUUUGUGGGUGUGUGCAUAUGUCUCAGCUCAUAUAGGCAAGUGGUGUGACGCUGUUGGCUGGCUGGAGUGUGCUGCAGUGUGUUAAGUGGGGAAAAGAGCAAAACUAUUGUAAGCUUGUGUUUUUUGGUGUAUGAUCUGUAAGUCCUGAACUGUGCAGGUGGGUUGAGCAAAGGGUCCUCCCAGAGUUUAUGCGAUAAAGUCUGCAACCUCGUGGCAUUGUUAUAUAUAAGGCAUCAUAUGGUGGAGAAAAUAUAGAGAGCGUUGUAACUUUUCCAUGUAAAGCAAUUUAACUGGCAUUAAAUAAGUUGUGAAUUUAA